AUGGCGGCCGUUGAGAUUUUCAAGUUCCCCACGUCGUCCCCGGCCGAUACCACGCCGCUGGACAGGUUGAAAGAAGCUGGAUACGAUGCAUCCCAGAUCCUGGCCGUGGUCGGCAAGACGGAAGGCAUAGCCACUUACUUCGUAGGGAACGGCUGCGUCAACGACUUUUCUCGAACGCUCGCUUCCGCCGUAUGGGAGCCCCGGAUUCCCGAGGACGCCGUGACCAUCUUCUCCGGCGGGACCGAGGGCGUACUCAGCCCGCACGUCACCUUCUUCGUGCGAGCACACCGCGGCGUGACUACUAGCACGGGACUGGUGACUUCGAUCGGGCGCACGCGCGUGCUGGAGCCACACGAGGUCGGGACGGCCGAGCACGCGCGCCAGGUGGCGGCGACGGUGCGCGCGAUGAUGCAGCGCGCGUCGCUCACGGCGGGCCACGUCCACCUGGUCCUCAUCAAGUGUCCGCUGUUGACGUCGGGCAAGAUCGAGGCCGUCCGCGCGCAGGGCCGCGUGCCCGUCACCACCGACACGUAUGAGUCGAUGGCCAAAUCACGGUACGCGAGCGCCGUCGGCAUCGCCCUGGCACUCGACGAGCUUUCGCAAGACAUCCAACUGGAGGACGCCUUGGAUUCGCAGCAGACUUGGAGCGCUAAAGCGAGCUGUAGCAGUGGCGCCGAGCUGGAGGAUUGCCACGUAUUGAUCCUGGCGACAGACCCGGCGGCGGGUGGAGGACAGCAGCAGCAGCAGGGUGGUCAUCUGCGCGCCGUGUCGCGGUACAUGGCCGACGCCAUUGACGCCCCGGCCGUGCUGGAUCUGCUCAACCAGGUGAAGAAGGAUCAAGGCAAGGUCGUCCAGGUGUUCGCAAAGGCCGAGGCGGACCCCAGCGGCCGUGUGCGGUCGUGGCGCCAUACCAUGAACACCGACAGCGACAUCCACAGCACCCGCCAUGCAAGGGCUGCGGUUGGAGGACUGAUCGCCGGGCUGGUCGGAGACUGCGAGGUCUACGUCAGCGGAGGGGCAGAAGGACAAGGCCCGUCCGGUGGAGGCAGUUUGUGUGUAGUGUAUAGAACUGAAUAG